AUGGAGUUCACCAGCACCUCGGGCGGCUUCGGAUCCCGACGCUCAUACCCAUCCCUCAACCACGUUUCCCUAGCCCCCCUAACCCCCCGAUUCCCCAUCGACGACGACGACACCGACGCCCUAGACUACUUCAACCACCGAGACAACGACUCACCAGGAAGCGGAACCCGCACACCCCCGGCACCCUCCUAUCUAGCCAGCGUCUCCGUCCCCAGCACGCCCCCAAUCCUCUCCCAUUCCCGCAGCAACUCCCGCACCCGCCACCACGUCCGCAGCAAGAGCUCAACCCGUCCCGGACCAGCCAGCGACACAAACCUAGUCAACCACAACCUAACACACCCCCUACACCACGCAAAGUCCCACAAGAAACAACCUUCCAGCAUCUCAUCAACCCAAGGCCGCCGCCAACCCCUCGAUACAUAUGUUACGCAGCGGCCCAAAUCCGACGCAGAAUGGAUGCUCCGCGCCGGAAUCGCGCUAGCAUCCUCGACCCGCGAAGAAAAGGGCCAAAGCUGGCUCACCAAGCGCGAAACAUCUACUAGUCUCGACCCGCCCGACGAAACAGUACGCCACCACAAGCGCACGAAAUCAGGCUCGUCGCGCAAGUCUCGCUCCGGCGCUUCAACGCCCGCCUUCUCUCGUGCUGCAAGUAGACGCAGUAGCAGACGCGGUAGUCGUGCUGGUCUGACGAUGACUACCCUCCCGACGACUGAGAGAGCGCUCGGUAGCCCAGGCCCGGGGACGGGGACGGCUACGGGCACGGCGAGCCCGACGGACGGACGUAGCGUGCUACUCCCUGAUUUCGUGGACGAGCGUAUCCGUGCGGAAAUGGCUUCGUUGCAGAAUCGGCGGUUGGCGGAUGAGGAUGAGGGAUUCUGGCACGGCGAGGAUGAUGAGGACGAGUCUGAGUGUUCGUAUUCGGAUGGUUCGGAUGAGACGUCUGAUGACUUUGAUGAAGCGGAUCUGCAGCGGCUGACGCGUGAGCGUGGGUUUGGGCUGGGGUCUUGGUUUGAUCGGUUGGUUGGGUGGACUCUGUUCGGGGUUGAGGAGUUGCCGGUUGCUGUUUCUGCGACGGGUUCCGAGCGGAUUGGGGCGGUGGCUAUUGGUGCGGUAGCUACGACUACUACUGUUACGUUCGAGGAGCCCGGUUUGGUGGAGAGGGGGAGGAUGUGGUUUCGCUUGAUGGGGAUGUGGAGUCGGAUGGCGAUUUGUCUUGUGAUGGGGAGGGUUCGAGUGCUUCCGCGAUUGAGAGACCGGGGAGUCGGGGUGGGUGGGAAGAUGCUGGGUGGUUGCUUCGUGUGA